AUGAAGAAGGAAGAGGAAGGGGAAGAAGAAGGAAGAAGAAAGAAAAGGGAAGAAGAGGAAAGAAGAAGAAGGAAGAGGAGGAGGAAGAAGAAGAAGGGGAAGAAGAGGAAGAAGAGGAAGAAGGGGAAGAAGAGGAAGAAGAGGAAGAAGAGGAAGAAGAGGAAGAAGAGGAAGAAGGGGAAGAAGAGGAAGAAGAGGAAGAAGGGGAAGAAGAGGAAAAUGGCUUCAGUAAUGAACUCCCUCUCCGCCUUCUUGGGGCAGGUGCCUCAGGGCCACCUCCCCCUGCUCCGCCCCUGCUCCCUGCCCCGUCCUCAGGUGAGCUCAUUCAGGUGUUUGUACCACAGCCAAGGAACAGCCAUGGAGGACCAAGAAGGCACGCCAAUGGGGGCGCUGCAGCCACAGACCUGCUGCCUCAGGUGUGGAGAUGUUCUGGAGUGGUCUGAGGAGAACAGUGUCCUGCUGGUCUGCUCCUGCUGCUCCCCUGUGGAGCCUCUGGUCAGUGAGGGCCGGGGCCGAAAGAAGAGCCACUGGACAGCAGGCCGAGUGGGCGACAUCGACUUCAGGGGGCCCAACAAAACCAGAGGGAAGUUUGUGCGAGUGAAGAGCAACACAGACCCAGUGGAGAUAUACCGCAUGCUGACCAAGGACUGGGGCCUGGCACCGCCUCACUUGGUGGUGGCGCUGGUGGGAGGUGAUGAGGUGGCUCAGAUGAAGCCCUGGCUCAGAGACACUCUGCGGAAGGGUCUGGUGAAGGCGGCUCAGAGCACAGGGGCCUGGAUUCUGACCAAUGGUUUUCGCUUCGGCAUCACGAAGCACCUGGGCCAGGCGGUGAGGGACCACUCUCUGGCCAGUACCUCAUCCAAAGUUCGGGUUGUGGCGAUCGGAAUCUCCCCUUGGAACAUGAUCCACAACCGGGAGGCGCUGCUCCAGACUCACGGGGAUGAGCCAGCUGCCUACAAACCCCAGGACCUGCCCCAUGGGUCGGUCUACUCCUUGGACAGUAACCACUCCCACUUCGUCCUGGUGGAGGAGGACCCCAACAAGACCGGGGCCACCAGCGAGAUGAGGGUCAAGCUACUGAAGCACAUUUCUCUGCAGCGAACAGGAUACGGAGGCGCUGGGAGUUUUGAGAUUCCGGUUUUGUGCCUCUUGGUCCAUGGAGAGCCCAGGAUCCUAAAGAGAAUGUACAAAGGCAUUGGUGACUCCACGCCCUGGCUGAUCCUGGCGGGCUCUGGGGGCGUGGCCGACAUCCUGGUCUCGCUCAUGAACCGCGGGAGCUGGGACCGUGACAGUGUGCACGAGCUGCUGAUGGAGACCUUCCCCCAGGCUCACCACAGCAUCGACGUCACCAGCUGGGUCAAACUGAUUCGUAAGAUCCUGGACAAUGGACACCUCCUCACGGUGCAUGAUCCGGAGCAGGAGAGUUCAGACACUGAACUGGACACAGUCAUCCUCAAAGCCCUGGUCAAAGCCUGUAAGAGCCAGAGUCAGGAGGCGCAGGACUUCCUGGACGAGCUGAAGCUGGCGGUGGCCUGGAACAGAGUGGACAUCGCCAAGAGUGAAAUCUUCAACGGAGACGUGGAGUGGAAGCCGUGUGACCUGGAGGAGGUGAUGAUGGACGCUCUGAUCAACGACAAGCCCGACUUUGUGCGUCUGUUUGUGGAUAACGGAGUGAACCUGGGCGAGUUCCUGACGUACGGCCGCCUGCAGGAGCUGUACUGGUCCAUCCCAGAGAAGAGCCUCCUCCACAGUCUGCUACUCAAGAAGUACGAGGAGAAGCAGCUGCUCCUGGGCACUGCUCGGUCCAAAGGGCCCCCCGUGCACCACCCCCCCGACCCCAACAAGCCCCGCUUUACUCUGCUGGAGGUGGCCAAGGUUCUCAAGGACUUCCUCCAUGACUCCUGCAAGGGCUUCUACCAGAAAGUACCCACUGAGAAGGCGGCGAAGGGCAGACUCUUCCACACACAGAAAAACCUGGCCCUGGAGCUGGACGUGGCCUCGGAGCACCCCUGGAGGGACCUCUUUCUUUGGGCUGUGCUGCAGAACCGACAGGAUAUGGCCAACUACUUCUGGACCAUGGGCCCGGAGGCAGUGGCGGCGGCGUUGGCGGGCUGUAAGAUUCUCAAAGAAAUGGCGCGGCUGGAGUCAGAGGCCGAGUCAGCGCGCAGCAUGAAGGAGAACAAGUACGAGCAGUUCGCCCUGGAUGUGUUCGGAGAGUGCUACUCCAACAGUGAGGACCGCGCCUACGCUCUGCUCAUCCGCCGGACACAGUGCUGGAGCAAGUCCACUGUUCUCAACCUGGCAACCGAGGCGGACGCCAAACCCUUCUUUGCCCACGAUGGAGUCCAGGCUCUGCUCACCAAGAUCUGGUGGGGCGCAAUGAAGACGGACACGGCCAUCUCCAAACUGGUGCUGUCCUUUUUCUGCCCCCCCCUCAUCUGGACCAACCUCAUCAAGUUCAGUGAUGAGGAGCUGGAGGAGAGCAGUAAGGGUCAGUUUGUGGAGCUGGACAGUCUGGACACAGAGAAGGCCCUGCUCCUGACCGAUGAUGACGACCCCCUAGAUGUGUCCCCUGGGGGCCCGGUCGUCCAAUCCUGGGCCUUUGUGUGGUGGCGCUUCCUGCUGCGGCGCUGGAAGAGGUUCUGGAGCGCCCCAGUCACCGUGUUCCUGGGAAACGUCAUCAUGUACUUUGCUUUCCUCAUGCUCUUCACCUACGUGCUGCUGCUGGACUUCAGGCCCCCGCCGCCCUUUGGCCCCGGGGCCCCUGAGAUUAUGCUCUACAUCUGGGUGUCCACGCUGGUGCUUGAGGAGAUACGACAGAGCUUCUUUACAGACGAGGAGAUAAACAUCCUGAAGAAGUUCAAGCUGUACUGGGAGGACAACUGGAACAAGUGUGACAUGGUGGCCAUCUCUCUGUUCGUGGUGGCGGUCUCCUGCAGAAUGGUGAAUGACACGUAUGAGGCCGGCCGGUCAGUGCUGGCCAUAGACUUCAUGGUCUUCACCCUGAGACUCAUCCACAUCUUUGCCAUCAACAAACAGCUGGGCCCAAAGAUCAUCAUCGUGGAAAGAAUGAUGAAGGACGUGUUCUUCUUCCUCUUCUUCCUGUGCGUGUGGCUGCUGGCCUACGGCGUGGCCACUCAGGCUCUGCUCCACCCCAACGACCCGCGCAUCGACUGGGUGUUCCGCCGCGCCCUCUACCGCCCGUACCUGCACAUCUUUGGACAGAUCCCCCUCGAGGAGAUCGACGCGGCACAGAUGCCUGAUAUGAACUGCACCACGGACACUCAGGAGAUCGUGGAGGGACUGAGACCGCCCUGUCCCAACGUCUACGCCAACUGGCUGGUCAUCCUGCUGCUGGUCAUCUACCUGCUGGUGACCAACGUGCUGCUCAUGAACCUGCUCAUCGCCAUGUUCAGCUACACGUUCCAGGUGGUGCAGGGAAACACUGACAUCUUCUGGAAGUUUCAGAGGUACAACCUGAUCGUGGAGUAUCACAGCCGUCCCGCUCUGGCCCCGCCCUUCAUCAUCAUCAGCCACCUUUCCCAAGUGUGUCUGAGCCUGUUCAAGGAGCCAGAGUCCAAGCAAGAGCACCUGGAGAAGGAGCUGCCUCCAGGUCUGGACCAGAAGCUGAAGACCUGGGAAACCGUGCAGAAGGAGAACUAUCUGGCCAAACUGGAGCGGCAGCACUGGGAGAGCAGCGAGGAACGACUCAAGAACACUGCCUCCAAGGUACAGAGUUUGCUCAAAAUUGCGGCUGGAUUCAGAGAUCAGGAGAAGCGGCUGGUGUCUGUGGAAACUCAGAUCCGGUACUGUGGGGAGGUGCUGUCCUGGAUGGCUGAGUGCUUUGCUCUCAGCACUCUCAAAUGUGGCAAAGAUGCACCCAAAGCUCCAUUGAGUUUGUUGGGCGUGAAAGAGGGAACGUCAAAAGACAAGUCCGAGGAGUCAGAGGAAGGAGCCGGAGCUUCCAGGACGUUCCCUUACAUCGACGAGUAG